GGAACAUUGGAUUUUUCUUGCCACGAUUUUCAGUGGAAAGCAAGGGUCCAUCAAAUCAAGCAACCACUGAUGCCCGCUCACUCAAGAAACUGAAACAAUAAUCCGAAACCAGGAGUGGUAAUUGGCAAACCAUGGAUACAUUUGACAAGCUGAAACUGGCUUCGUCGUCUCUGGGCGAGAGACUGAAGGCCGGAGGGGCCGAGAUGAGCCGGAAAUUAAGCACCAAAGUGAAGGAGAUGUUGCAAGCGCCGACACCGGAGUCUAAGAUGGUGGACGAAGCGACGUUAGAGACGAUGGAGGAGGCCAACUGGGGGCUGAAUCUCCGGAUCUGCGCCAUGAUCGGCCGCGAGGAGUUCAGUGGCGCAGAGGUGGUGAAGGCGAUCAAGAGGAAGCUGCAGCAGGGAAAGAGCGCGGCGAGCCAGAGGCUGAGCCUGGAUCUGCUCGAGGCCUGCACUUCCAAUUGCGAGAAGGUCUUCUCCGAGGUCGCCUCCGAGAAAGUCCUCGAUGAUAUGAUGCGGAUGAUUGAUGAUCCCAAGACUGACCACGAGAACCGGGUGCGGGCUAUGCAAUUGAUUAGGGCCUGGGGCGAGUCUGAAGAGCUCAAUUACCUGCCCGUGUUCAGCCAAACUUAUUUGAACUUGAAGACCAGGGUACCUCCAGAAAUGCAAGAUGGGAACACUUUUCCUAUGCAAUACCCCUUGGAGUCAUACGUUAAUCAACGGCCGAUACCAGCACCUGAAAAUUACCCUUUUCCCAACACGGCGAAUCAAGAGCACCCCGGCUCUCUUACUUAUGGUGGUGGGUCUGUUGAAGAAAAGAGGGAAUUCCUCGUGAUUGCACGAAACAAUUUGGACCUCUUUUGCAGCAUACUGAACUCUGAAGUUGAUCCCAAACCAAUCAAGGAAGAUUUGGCCGUAAGCAUUCUGGAAAAUUGCAAGCAGUCGCUUGCUGUUACUAAGAGGAUCAUAGAGAACACAUCUGAUGAUGAGGGGAUGCUAUUUGAGGCUUUGAACCUUCAUGAUGAAAUUCAGAAAGCCAUUUCCAGAUACACGGAAAUGGAAGCAGCCCUAGACUCAGGAGGAGGAUGGCCUAAAACAACCGAGGCUGGAAGUGAAGAAGUGACUAGAGAUGCAAUGGGUUCAGGAGGUGAUGUUGAAAGGAAAGCAGUUAGUGAUGCCGAUGUCAUAGAACCCAGUAUUCAGCAGCUAGCCAGAGCUUCAAGCACUGCCCAUGGAGUAGAUUCCUCACAAGAAGAGAGCUCUGGCCAUGAAGCAGUUAAGCCAGAUUUUCCAGUGAAUCAUAAGGUUUAGUUGCUGCCUAAUUCACUCUGAUCCGGUUGUCUUAAAGUCAGUUUGACAUAGGGGCUAGUUUUAUGGUGUGUUUGGACUUCGGUGGGAGGGGUAGGAGAGUGAUUCCCUCCCUUUGGUUCAAACAUAUUUUCUUUAAUGUGUUGCCCAACCCUCCCCCCAUCCCUCCCCUCUUCUCCAAAUGUUCAUGGGAGGAUGGGAGAGUGAUAUUUUUGGGUUCCGCGUUUUAAGUAUGUUUUGCACCAAACACACCCUAAGCAGAAAUAAAAUUAUCUGAAAUUCAGCAUUGAAUAGCUUUAGUGAAAUAAUAGUCACAGUGGCCUUGGUGGAACUUCAAGUUUUUGGAUUUGUAACUACUAAAUAACGACUAAACGAACAGUGCGACU